UUACACUGUCACACGAGCCAACACUAGUAUAGUUGUACAAGGUCAUACCGUAUGCAAUCAGCUGAUAUCGUAGUGUCAAGGCAGUGUGCGGUGAAUGAUACUCUAACAGACUGUUCACUAUGAAUUUCACGAAGUUCAGACUGACAUCACUCAAGGAUUUGUUAAUAUUGUAGGAAUAGUUGUUGUAUUUGGAGAGUGCAAGUAGGUUGCAGAGUGAUUAUAAUGUCAGACUCAGAGGAAUAAUGUGUUGUACUUGUGUAGGCUACAUAAACAGACGUGUAUGCACUAGCGAACUUUGGUCAUAACAUAACGAUAUAGUCUACAUUUUUGAAAUAGUCAUCAACAUAAAGUAGAAUUAGGAACUAAAUGGACAGAAAUGGAUUAAAGAGCACAUAUUCAGGGCCUGUGACAGGGAUCUGGGCCCUGAGACAAACAACUGGCGAGGGAGGGCCCCAGACUCAAAAGCUCACUAGCUUCAUUUUGGCAUAUAUCUUGGUUCAUCGAAAUAAGAAAGCAGUCCAAACUGAAUGGCAAUCAAUCAAGUCUGGUUAGUCAAGUCAACAUCAGAUGUUAAGUCAUACUACAUGUAUGCACAAAGCCUGAAACAUUCAAAGGUUCAUCAGAUAUUCCACAGGAUUCCAAGAAAUUCAUAUAAACAGGGAAUUGGUUUGAUAACAAAAUGGGCUGACUUAUCAUACAUUCCAAAAGGAUGGCUUCUUUAGGUUCAGGACCAGAAACCAACACUUUAAAAGCUAUUUGUGAGGCGAUUCGGGAAGAUGAUCUGGAGAAAAUUCACGUUUUACUCAAUGAAAAUCCCAGUUUCAACUUGAAUCAGGAAUGGGAGGAAGGAGUGUAUCCAAUAAAUUUAGCGUGUACAGGGUUGAACAGGGAUAUCGUUAAUAGAUUGAUCCAACAUGGAGUUGACGUUAAUAUCACUGGAUCAGAUGGCAAAACAGUGCUACACGAUAUCUGUAAAACAGAAGAAAGAAAGUCAGAAGCUCUUGAGAUUUUAGAAAUUUUGCUAAAUUCGGGAGCCGUUGUAGAUGUUGCGGACAAUAUGGAGUGUACACCGCUGUUUCUCGCAUGUGAAAAUGAUGAUGUCAAAAUGGUAAAAAUCCUCAUAGAUAAAGGAGCAAAUGUCAAUGUUCAAACUGUUUCGGGUGAAACCCCCAUUAAAGUUUCGUGUAGGAAUGCCGAAUUUUGGUUUUUCUGGCAAGGGAGGGAAACAAGUGGUGGUACUAAAGUAUUAGAUCCGGAUACAUUUCCGCCAGUCAAGAUUACCAAACGUCUUUUGCACGCUGGAGCAAACCCAAAACAAGCAACAUUUCUGCCAUCUGCAAUUCAGUUUGGAUUUAUUGAUCUUGUUACUGAACUUCUUGACCUCGGUAUGGAUAUAAAUAUGCUAGACGAUCACCAGAGAACACCGUUGGGGUUUGCUUGUUUUUCUGCGAGUGUUCAUACAGAUGUUGUUCGUCUGCUGUUAACCUAUGGAGCAGACGUGAAUAAGGGUGGAGGAUGGAAUCGCCAGAAACCUGUGAUUUUCGCCUAUGUUCACAACUCGGUGGAGAAACUGAAACUUUUGUUGUCGUACGGUGCGCAGGUCACGGGAGAAGUCAUGACGGAGCUGGUAUCUGUGAGCUUAUCAAAGUCUAUUUUGGAAAAUCCUGAAGUAGUGACUUAUUUUAGUAAGGAAUUAAUGUCUUGGAGGUUAUUGCUAUCGGCGGGAUUUCAGCCCCAGUUCUCAGGUGCUUUGGCAACUAAAUAUCACCAAAUAGAAUUGUGUAGUAGUUACCAUAAAAUUAAAACUUGGAUACCAUCUCUGGUGUUUCCGUUGCGAACUUUAAAAGAUUUUUGUCGCAUAACAAUUCGAAAAAAUCUACCCACAAGCAUUGACAAAAACAUUCAGUUUUUGCCCCUUCCGUUUAAAUUGAAAGAAUUUCUUGUAUUCAAAGAAUUCUCGUUGAAAGAGGGGACAUAAAAUGUUGAAGGAAGCGAGGAUCUAAUAUUUUGAAUAAUUUAAUUAUAAUUAUUGACUUGGGAAAUGCACAAGGAUUUAUCAUUCAAUGUGCAAAAGUGAUACACUGUUAUAAAAUAAAGCUUGUUUAUUAAUAUACCCAACAAACACAUAACUUAUGCAUUAUUACAGCAGUAUUGGGUGAAGAUUUAAUGCAUGUGAAUUCUGAUGUAUGACCAAUCUGAUAUAAAGAUGCACUACAUGUAUGUAAAAGCUAAAUCUACCUAUAACAGGUCUUUACAUGUAUUUUGGCUUCAAACGUUAAAUAAAUUAUUAUUUAGACAUUUAUUCACCUGGCAAGCCUAUAAUCAACUCUCUAGCCUAUCGGAUAGCGGGGACUGAAAUGGAUUUAAACAUCUGUGAGAUUUCAGAAUUUAAUGAUAAAAUGGACAGUUGCGACUGAGUUUCGGUUUAAUCAAGUACCAUUGCUACGAUAAUGAAUGAUCUACACUAUAUCUUCAAACAGUCAUAACUUUGCUCAGAAUAAAGUGAUUUGAACUAUUUUUGAACUAAUAUAGCUAUAAGGUCCAAGCUCUUUAUCUAAAUCUUACAUAAUGUAUCUUUAAUAAUAAUAAUAAUUGUUGUAUUUGUAUAGCGAAAAAUUUCAAACUAAAGUCUGCUAGUAAGAACUGUCCUUCACUAUGUUUCCAUAAAAUACAAUAAUCUAUGAGAGAGUAUUAUUGGAGAAUUUGCGAUAAUCUAGGGUCAAAUGAUAUAUUGGAUUAUUGUGGUAUUUUAAUGGUCAAUACAGUUUAUAUGUUGUGAUUGAUUGAUUUAUUGAAAUUAUGUCCAGUCCUACAUUUUGAUAAAUUUGUACCCAUAUACAUGUACAGCUAAAUAUACCGGUUAAUUCAUUUCUCAUUCAAAAAUUUAUAUUUUAUAGUGUACUUGAAAUAGUUGUUUGGAUGGAAUACCAAGGUCCUGUGUACACAUUGGUGUGCAAAUAAAGGAUCCCUUGGCAGUUGGAAUUCAAUGUAUGAGAGUAGCCCGUAGUGUCGUCUGGGAAAAUUUUCCCUCAUAGCACACUGUAUGGCGUAUGCCCGUUUUCAUUAGUCCAGUCAGAGCAGAACAGUAGGGCCUUUAACCACAUUUCAUUCAGUCCUUAACUUAAAAAGUUUAAUAUGGUGCUUAUUAAUGUGUCUUUACUGAAUAUACUGAUGAAUAAUUUAAUUUAUUGUAAAACUGAUCAAAAUGGCAUUUUUAUACACCCACAUUGAAAUGUGGUCGAAUAUUGUCAUCACCCCUGUCCGUCCGUCGGUCCGGCGCCCACAAUUGCUUGUGGACGCUCUAGAGGCUAAUGUUAAUAUCCGAUUGACUUUAAAUUUAUACACUGUGUUUAAGGUCAUGAGAUAAUUUCCGAUAAUUACUGCCAGAGUUAUGGCCCUUGAUCACUUCAAAAAAUCUUGUGGACACUCUAGAGGCCAAAGUUAAUAUCCAAUUGACUUUAAAUUUAUACACAGUGUUUAAGGUCAUGAGACGAAGAAGCCUUUUGAUUUUCAGCAAUUUCCGAUAAUUACUGCCAGUCUGCCAGAGUUGUGGCCCUUGAUCAGUUCAAAAUAUCUUGUGGAUGCUCCCGUUAGCAGUUCUCAGUGUCUAGAGGCUAAAGUUAUCAUCCGAUUGACUUCAGAUUGAUACACAGAGUUUAAGGUCUUGAGACGAACAUGUAUAUUAAUUUUCAAUGAAUUUUGAUAACUAACUUGAACAGCUAAAUCCAUGAUAUUAAAUGUUUCGUAUACUAAACGUUAGCAUGGGGCAGAACAUUACAAAAACCAAACAAAUUCUUCUACUCUUAAUCAGAUUUUAGUGUAUUAUAAAUGUUUCAUUACCGAAAAAAGUAAAAAUAUGCAACAACUUUUGUUGACUGCACGGACGAUAUAGCUGCUGUGGGCGUAUGUUUAUUGAAGUACUUACUUUAAAUAGUAAUCUGCCUUUUGGGGUCAGGGUCAGUGGUACAGGAUGGAGGGCCUGACAAGGAACCUUGACUAGUCGUUCGGAUGGCUAUGGACACUGUCCGGAACAGAUUUCUCUCCUUUUCAGUCACACUAGCAUUAUCUACAUGUAGUAAGUGAUGACUGUUCUCAGGUUAUGUUGGCAUUUAUAAUAGAUGUAAAAAAUGUAAAUAAACUUAUACGGCCAUCUAAAUCUUCUAGAUUCAAACAUACAUUAUUAUGGAAUUUCUGAAAAGUUGGAUUUUAAUUAAAGCAUAGAUUUAUGUUUCAAACACUGCUUCCUCAUGUUGAACCCAGCCAUCAGUUUGAUUGGCUUGGCUUGGCUUGGCCUUAUCUAGUUUCCUCAUAGUGGACCUAAGUUACCUAACCAUCAAUUUCAUUGGCCUUAUCUACGUAUUAAGUUUCCUCGGAAUCACUAGUCUGUGAUAUCACCCUGGCUGGAAGCAGAGGUUCUGUUAUACUACUAUAUAUGCCACACUAGUAUGCUUUAUAAAAUAUUUUGUACUCUGCUUUGGUGAAUUACUAAUAAUAUUUAGAUUGUAUGGUUUAAUUUAAAUUAACAAAGUUAUUAUGAUUCUGCAUCCAUGAUGAUUUGAAUGUUUAAUUGUUGUGUAUGUUAUUCUCUGACAGAUUUUUAGCAAGUAUUGUCUGAGAACCUGAGUAAUUGUAUUGUAUGAUUUUAUUAAUCAGGAUGAUUUGAAUGUAUAAUUGUUGUGUAUGUUAUUCUGUCAUGAUAAAAUCAUGUAAAUGCU